AUGCCGCUGGUGAAGAGGUGUAUCGAACCCAGGCACCUGUGUCGAGGGGCUCUGCCGGACGGCGUGACCAGUGAGCUCGAGUGUGUCACCAACAGUACGCUGGCCGCCAUUAUCAAACAGCUGGGCAGCCUAAGUAGACAUGCGGAGGACAUUUUUGGGGAGCUGUUCAGCGAGGCUAACAGUUUCUACAUGCGGAUGAACAGCCUACAGGAGAAAGUUGACCUUCUGGCUGUCAAGGUCACACAACUUGACUCCACCGUGGAGGAGGUUUCCUUGCAGGACAUCAACAUGAGGAAAGCCUUCAAGAGCUCCACCAUCCAAGACCAACAGGUGGUGUCCAGGAACUCCAUACCCAACCCAGUGAUGGAGAUGUACCAACGCUGCGAUAAGCCCCCACCCCUCAACAUCCUUACACCUUACAGGGACGACAAAAAAGACGGUCUCAAGUUUUACACAGAUCCCUCGUACUUCUUCAACCUCUGGAAGGAAAAGAUGCUUCAGGCCACAGAAAACAAGAGGAAAGAGAAAAGGAGACAGAAGCAAGAACAGAAGCACCUGGAGGACCCGAGCAGGGAGGUGAAGAAGGUUCGCAAGGCGAGGAACAGGCGUCAGGAGUGGAACAUGAUGGCGUACGACAAAGAGUUUCGCCCGGACACCCGUCUCACGCCCUCCCCGUACCACGGCAUGUCCUCCGAAGGAUCUCUGUCGCCUGACAGAUCUGGCAUGUCUGAUGAACACUCAUACCCGGCUAGUCCGAGCCAUCCUAACCAGGAGCCAAGUGGACCAGGUGUCGAUGGAAAAGAUGCUGGUCCAACCCAGACUCAGUCACUGGAUCGGGCCUACAGACCCCCCGCCUCUGCUGCGGCAGCGGCCGCUGCCCGUCAGCACUCCCUGGGGCGUGUCCAGGCCCAUCACGGACCCCAGCCCUCAGACUCCGCCCUCAACGGACCACGCCCGGCUGCCGCCAAAGAGUAUGGCGGUCAUCAGAUGCCGGAACAUUUCGUCCCCCCCGCCCCUCCCCCACCUCCUCCCCUGAUCCCCUCCGCUCAGACCGCCUUCGACAGCACGUCCGGGCCCCCGGCGCUGGCUCCCGGCACGGUGGCCGCCUUGUCCCGCCCCUACAGCCCGGCCCCGCCCCCGGCCCCGCCCUCCGCCUACGCCCCCUCCCCUUCCCACCCGGCGUCGGGCGGCCCGCCCGCGGCCCCUCCGCCGCCCCCUCCGGGACCCCCCACCCACGUCCCGUCCCCCGCCCGGGCGGCCCACCCGUCCGGAGAGUCCACCCUCCCCAGGAAGGGCCAGGUGCCCCUCAUCCCCAUGAGCGACGCCAGGAGCGACCUGCUGGCCGCCAUCCGCAGAGGUAUCCAGUUAAGGAAGGUGCAGGAGCAGCGAGAGCAGGAGGCGAAGAAGGAGCCGGUCGGCAACGACGUGGCCACCAUCUUGUCCCGUCGCAUCGCCGUGGAGUACAGCGAAUCGGACGAAGACUCCGAGCCUGAGGAGAACGAGUGGUCUGACUGA